AUGCCCCAGAACAUGGCCUUGUCGCCCUCUGAAUCCAGUGCCAAUGCACGAAACAUCCUGGGUCGUCCUGCCCAGCGCCAGUAUUCCUGGAUGCAACAAUCCUCAAUUCUCUCACAGCCGCCUCUUCGUGCUUCUGCCAAACACCGCUUAACUGCCACCGACUCGGCCACGCCUCAAUGUGCAUCUCCCACGACCGCACAGGUACAAUCUCCCCCCGUUCAGGACGUCCACGAAACUGCUGUGCCCGAUACAUCCAUAGCGAGAAACUUUCUUCCCUCGCCCACUCCCAGCGAUCACCAUCACAAGUCUCCGAGCCUGGCCACUGCUCAUCAACUUUCUAGAGAGCCUGCUGCUCGCCAGUCUCCACACCAAACUGCUCUCCAUCGUGAUUCGGCUCAGCCUUCUGCUCGUGUGACCACCAACAGACAUGUCUCUGUCACCUCUGCUACCUCUUCUUCGCGACAGCCAACUGAGCCCGUCCCUAGUCUGCCACCUCCCUCGGCAUCAAAUACACGCAGCACCAAUGUCCCGUCUCAUCCCAUUAGUUCCAACAAUGCUCCGCCCUUUGGUCCUCAAUGGUCUACUGUAUUCCCAAGCGGCGAGUGUACUAAGCGCCUAUCUGACUUCGCUGCCGCUCACGGAAGCUUGACUGACGCUGAUCUCGAGAGAUUGGGCAUUCUUUAUGACGCUACGCAAAGUAACGACUGUCCAACUACAAAUCCGGCAAACAUUAUCCCAAACACCACUACAACCGCCCAUCAGCCCACCCUUGCUCCCAUUGGCACUGCCAUGCUUAAUCCAGGAAUGACACGGUCACAAUUGCCCCAUCCGGGUCAGAACCACAUCCAACCAUCGCAACAAGCUCAGGCGACAACACCAACCGGUGCACAAUUGCAAGCCGCUCAGAUGGAGGCGCAGAGGCACAUGCAGCUGCAGCAAAUGCGUGCUCGAGCUCAAGCACAGGCACAGGCACAGGCACAGGCAGUCCAGCCGCCAUUUCCUGCCCAUUUCCAAAAUCACCCGCAAGGCGCUUCAUUGCCAGCUCCGGCCUUCUUCCAAAACACCUUCUUCCAACAGGGUGCAAAUGUUCAACCUCAUCAGUCCAUGCGUCAAAACAACACUGCAAUUCAUGAUGCUGCUCAGAUACAAGCAUUGAUGAUGUACCAACAAGAGAUGCUCCCGCAACCGCCCGUGCUGCCUUCCAACUCCCUACGAGCUCCUCCACGUCCACGGGGAGCAAGAUCAAAUCCACCUCCUCGCCUAUUCUUUCCUGGAGCCAAUCCUGCUGUGCCUCAGCCGGCUCAACCAGACUACCGCCGGUCGGCGCUGCAUCAAGCCCACUUGCGUAGUCCCGUUCUUAUUCCAAAGACGCUCGAUACCUUGACCUCGGCCGCAUCCAAUGACUACUACCGCAGCGUUUUGGGCUUUGCUCUUCCGCCCCACAGGCUGGCAAAUCAGCCGGUUCAAGAAAUUCACUUUCAGCUGCCACCACAGGCUAUCGCAAGACUCCUGAAAGUGAGAUUGAGCAAUGACGGCGAUCCUCCAAUUGGAGAAAUCGACACCAACUCGUUGAUGUUGAGAUUAAGAUGCUGCGAGGUCGCGCCAUCUGGGCCCCUUCCCACUGAGAACAAAUGGAUUCUUCUCGACGGUACCUGGCCAGUCCCAGCUUACUUCGCGAUUAACGAAAUUGCGCUCGAACCAAGACGCAAGUUGCAUCACGGCAAACACCUACCCAUCGACAUUACGCAUUGCAUCAGUUCGGAAGCCAACAAACUGGUUGUAAGAAUCAACCGUUCCAAGAAUGACAAAUCGCCCUUUAACUACGCAAUCGCUGUCGAAGUUGUUGGCUUUGCUACCCGUAAAGGUAUCAAAGAGGCCUGCAUGAAGCGUCUGAUUCCUGCUGAACAAAUUCUGGACUCGAUUAAAAAGUCCUUGACCAGCCACGACGACGACCUUAUCGUCCAGUCAAACUUCAACUUGCAUCUUUACGAGCCCUUCUCUAACUCCAGGAUCUUCAAGAUUCCAGUUCGCGGUUCUGAUUGCCUACACAAGCAAGCUUUCGAUCUCGACGUCUUCUUGGAAACUCGGCUUGAGCAACAGUCCCAGCCGCACAAGGUCCGUAUCAGUAAGGUCGACGCAUGGAAGUGUCCCAUCUGUAAGGCCGACUCUAGGCCGCAGAGUUUGAUAGUCGAUGGAUUCCUAAUGGCUGUCCGUGAGACACUCGCAGCCAGAAAUAUGCUUGAGACACGCGCCAUUGAUGUCGAGAGUGAUGGCUCUUGGACAGCUGUGCAAGAAGCUCACGACGACGAAGAAACCGACGACGAGGCAGCUCCAGCGCCUAAGAAGCCCAUCGAAGUCAUUCUUAUUGAUGAUUAG